UGCAAAGUCAAACUGAAUGAGCAGACGGGUUGUGUAGGAAAAAGAGAGAAUGGUGGGGGCCAGUUUGUGCCCAGGAUCAGCGAAUGCUAAAGAACUGGAGCUCUGGUCUGCAAGUUCCUUUAAAGCUUAAGCAAGGAGGAAAACUCUGCAGCAGGGUGCAGAUCACAGGAGAAAGAAAGAAUACUUUCAAAAGGAGUUUCCUGAAAUGAUGGGCAAGCAAUAACAAGAACAUAAGUUUAGGUGGAGGAAAAGCAUGAGCACAACAUUCUGAAGGAAGCAAAGUGAAGUUCUGGCCCUAAAACCUGGAAUUAACUUCUACAGGGUAAGUUUUCUUGAAAGGCAAGCACACACCAAUGUCUCCGCGGGGAUUUGGAAAUGAUAGCAGACAUCAAGCAAAUGCCAAGCCCGCCAUGAAAAGGUUUAAUCUGUUCACUACUUUCUUGUAGAUGGUGUCGCUCAGAGGAGGGUGGUAAAUUUCUUACAGGAUUUCGAAAAGUGAGAAAAACGCUGCCGAGUUUCGGCAACGAAGCAAAAAACAGGUCUGCCGCCAAAGAGCUUUUUCAGAAUGGUCGUGCAUUUCAACUUUUCGAUUUAAAAUGUCUUAGGUUUAGCAGAGCAGUGUAGGUGCACUGAACCAGCCCCACUACUUUGCAGUUGGGAGCCACAAAGCCGCCUCCUUUCGGAUUUGCGAAAGGCGCUCACAAGAUUCAUCACCCCUUUUUCACCCAGUUAACAGAGGCGGAGGGCGGCAGCUCGGCGGGGGAGCGCAUGCCACUCCAUCUGCCACCCGGGGUGUGGCACUGGCUGCAGAGCUCCGGGCUGUGGACGGAGGAGGGGGUGGGGCGCUUGUGGUGUGGCGUGGGCGGGGCAGGGAGAGGGGCGGUGGGGAGCGGAGCUGAGAGACGCAUCCAAGCGCCCGCCUCCGGCCCCGCCCGCCGCUGCCAUCCCCGCCCCCCCGUCAUCUCCCCUCUGCGGCCACCCGCUACUAGAAGCAGCCCCGGGCGGCGGUGCGACGGUCCCCGCCAUGUCUGCAGCCAUGAGGCAGAGGUUCGACCAAUUCCUGCACCAGAAAAACUACCUGACUGACAUCUUGGCCAAGAUCGAGGCCAAGACCGGCGUGAACCGGAGCUACAUAGCGCUAGGUGUCAUCGGGCUGGUGGCCUUGUACCUGGUGUUUGGUUAUGGAGCCUCUCUCCUCUGCAAUCUGAUAGGAUUUGGCUACCCAGCCUACGUCUCAAUUAAAGCCAUAGAGAGUCCCAACAAAGAAGAUGAUACCCAGUGGCUGACCUACUGGGUAGUGUAUGGUGUGUUCAGCAUUGCCGAAUUCUUCUCUGACCUCUUCCUGUCAUGGUUCCCCUUCUACUACAUGCUGAAGUGCGGCUUCCUGCUGUGGUGCAUGGCUCCCAGCCCCGCCAACGGAGCAGACCUGCUCUACCAGCGCAUCAUCCGGCCCUUCUUCCUGAAGCACGAAUCUCAGGUAGACAAUGUGGUGAGUGACUUGAAGGACAAAGCCAAAGAGACGGCGGAUGCCAUCACUAAGGAAGCCAAGAAAGCCGCCGUGAAUUUAUUGGGUGAGGAGAAGAAGAGCACCUAAACCACUGGCUGGAUGAAAGCUUCCUGCUCUCCCUGUACCUUCCUAUUAGAGCUCGAUGUUAUAUUAGGAACUGUGGUAAAAUAAUUUGAAUAAUGUUGCCUUGGAAACAUUUUUGAUAUAUAUAAAAAAAGGAAUAUGUUGUAAGAUUUUUUGCUUACCUUUACUGUCUAUAUACAUAGGGACAGUGUCCAAGUUUUUGGAAAGUAGAUUUUGCCUCUGGGUAGGAAAAGACUUAUGUUACCAUGUAGAAAUAUGAACUUCAAAUUAAAUUAUAAUAUCCCAUGGGCCUUGUACUUGAGUAGGCUUUCUGCAUGCAUUUUCUCUGUACUUAUAUUUUAGGACACUCUUUCGGUUCUACUUCAUGUAAUGUGCAAUUUUGUAGUAAAUGUUUUAAUGUAUCUGUGCGUACACACACAUGUGGGGAAUGUUCCUGUGCGCAGAUGCGUGCAGAUGCCCACAGGGAGUGCCUGCCAAAGGCUGAAGACUCCCUUGUGCUGGUGUGAUCUGCCCAGUAACACUCCAGAAAAUGAACACCAGUGAGUCAUGUUUCAAAUGAACAGUUAAUUGAUAAAUGAGGCAGAACGGAAGUUGGCCUGGUUGCUUGCGUUCCUAACACCAUAGCAGCUGAAUACCAGUACAGCUUUGUAAAGCAGUCGUUUGAGUGGCAGCUGGGGAAAUGUACACACACGUUACCACUCCCAAUUCGGUAGAACUAGUACCAUUGUCUUGUAGCUUUUUAAAAACUGGCUGAUAAGCUUGAUAUUCGUCUGCUUUUAAGAUGCUAUAGUGGAAACCAUCCCCUGUUUCACCUUCAUAGCCAAGCAACAUGUUGGUUUAGUCUUGUUUCUUUCCCAGGCUCUUUUUAAACUGUUUAAGGAACAUCCAGAGACUUCCCCACCUCUUGUUAUAUGUACAUUCUUGUUUAUAUUGUUAGCAACUAGAGGCUAAGGAUGUCACCAGGCUCGAAGAGCCAUUCUGGGAGAGGAAAGGAAGGAUGACACGCCCCAUCAUCUGGCUGGCAGUGGCUAAGCCAAACUGCCUUCACCUUCUUUCCUUGGCCUGUAAGGUCUAGCACCAGAGGCUUCCCUAGUUUACAAGUCAGAAUCAUUUGUAGUCCAUUUCCUUGCCUGCAUCUCCAUGCUUUGUUUUGAUAAUCUGCAUAUAAUGUCACUAGCCUGAUUGGCCAAAUAGCUUAUAGGGAUCUUGACAACUUGUCUGUACUGGAGAAUUGGAGCUUUAUAUCAGCCAUACUACUAGGAUCCUUCUGAAUUGGACUAUACUGACUAAAACAAGAGUAUAACAAAUAACAUAAUUAAAUAUCCAGGCCUGUAUAUUACUUUUUAAAGCAAAUAAAGAUGAUUUGUUGUCUUGCAGAUAACAAUUAGGUAAAAUCAUAAUGAUGUUUUAUGAUGUAAAAAAUAUCAAACCAAUGAAAAAUCAGGGACAGUAUCACCCAAAUAUUAUAAUAAUAUGGAUGAGGACAUUUAUUUUUUCCAGUGGGGGAGUGUGAUGAUGAUAAGGCAGCUUAUUAAACUUUAUUUUAAAAAAUCAAAACUUUAUUUUGUCUUUUUGAGGGUUGCACUCACGGCACAUGGAGGUUCCCAGGCUAGGGGUCUAAUCGGAGCUGUAGCUGCUGGCCUACACCACAGCCACAGCAACGCAGGAUCCAAGUCGAGUCUCCAACCUACCACAGCUCGUGGCAAUACCUGAUUCUCAACCCACUGAGCGAGGCCAGGGAUCUAACCCACAACCUCAUGGUUCCUAGUCAGAUUUGUUUCUGCUGCAUCACGACAGGAACUCCAUAAAAAAUAAAAAUCAAAACUUUAGAAAGCAAACAGAAUUAGUUGUUAUUAGAAGAAUAUCAAGCCUUAGAUUAAAGGGGGAAGAAAAAAGGACCUCUAGGAAUAGUUAAAUCCCUUUCCCCAUAAAAAAUUCGUUUCUUGAUGUGAAAAAGUAUGAAAAUUAGCAACUUCUGGCAUGGAGACUAUAUAGUCAGAUUGAUAGUAUACAGAAUAUGUAACUUUUUGUAUGCAAAAUAUCAGGCAAGAUGGGGAAGCAAAAAGUUACUGUUGCUCUUAACUACUUACAGCCUAAUAAUCAGUUUAAAAACUACUAUAGAAAGAAAAUUAUGCAGUUUUUUUUUUUAAUCACCAUAGCUUUCUCUUACAGUGCAUUCUCUAGGAAAUUUUACCUUUUUUUGGCAGUCAUAAUGUACAUAAUAUUAAUGACAGAAGUUAUGAGUUGAAAAUUCUAUCUCAGUUUAGAUUUCCCAAAUAAUAUAUUGCCAUGGCUAGAGUAUUUGAAAAACUAAUUGAGCCUGUGUCUAGCUAUAAGACAAGCAAUUAUUUGUACACAAGUACUGUACUGGGGAUAUGUAAAGUUAAAGAAUGCCUACAAUAAUUCUUCUCCUGCUUAAAAGCUUCUGAUUGACAGUCACUGCUGCUCCAGGGAGUCUUCUAUCUACAGCCUGAAGGAAAUGAGCAUAGCCUUUAAAAGUUACCCCCUCCUGAAGAUGUGAUAUAUAUUAAAUGGAAAUGGAUGAAAAUAAAAUUCCGUUAUCUCACUGA